AUGGCAAGUAAUAAUGAACGAUCCGAUGAUAUUACUUUAGUACCAACAAAUACAGGUGCGGAACAACGAAAAGAUAGUCAUUGGAGUGAUGAUAAACUAUCAGGUUUACCUACGAAAAAGAAAGGAAAUGCUGCAAAAGCAUUUAUGAAUUUCUUAUAUAAUCCAAAAAAGAAAACAGUACUUGGUCGUGAUAGUCUUAAUUGGGCUAAAUUAUCAGCUUUUUAUACAGUAUUUUAUUUCUUUUUGGGCUGUUUUUUUGUUGGUUUGGUUUAUAUAUUUGCAUCUAUACUUGAUCGAGUUGAACCAAGAUAUCAUAAUACAGAAAGUGCUAUGGCUGUGCGAAGUACAUCUGCUGUUGUUGGAAUGGGUUUUCGCCCACAACCAAUUGUAGAUGAUAGUCUUAUUCAUAUAUCAAAUGAUCCAUCACAACAAGAACGUAUUGGUUCAUCUCUUCGAUUAUUUCGCGAUGUUUUUCUUGUACAAAGUAGUGAAGCUAAAACAGAAGAAUGUUCAGAAAAAGAACCAGCUUCGGAAUUACCAUAUGGUACAGCUUGUCUAUUUAAUUGGUCUCAUAUUGUUAAAAGUGCUGAUCAUCCGUGUUCAGAUGAUAAUCUAUUUGGUUUUAAAAACGAACAACCUUGUGUUCUUGUUAAACUUAAUAAAGUUUACGGAUGGGCACCUAUUAAAGGUGUUUUACCAUCAAAUAUACAGAAACUUCGAGGUGUCAGUAGUAGUAAAAGUACAACAAAUUCAGAUGUAUAUAUUACAUGUACAGGAACGCAUGCUGCUGAUAGUGAUGUAAUAACAAGUACGACGUAUUAUUCAUUGGGUUAUCCAGAUGGUUCAAAUAAAUUUGGUGUUAUUCCAAAUUAUUUCUUUCCAUUUCGAAAUGCUAAAGACCAUGUUCAACCAUUUGUUCUUGUUCAAUUUAAUAAAUUACCAUUAGAUCGUCUUGUUAGUAUUACAUGUCGUGCAUGGGCACCAGGUAUCGAACAUAAUGUAAGAGGUAUGCGCGGUAUGGUUAGUUUUCAAUUGUAUCGCUUCCAUACAAACACAACAUCUCAUGAUGAUGAUGAUAAUGAUGAUUAA